CUAGACAAUUCGUGGGAGAGUUCUAUCUGGAGAAUCAUCUAGAUGAGAACGUUUCCCCGGCUAUCCGAAUAAUGCCCAACUCCUUCAAGGAUGGAUGAUGCAACGAGAAAGAUAUCCCGGUGCAUACGGAUCGUUCUCCCUUCUCCGGAUAAUUCGAACUCUCCCUCGGGGUUUCGGUGAGGUCGCGUGUGCUGGCAGCUCUCGCGGCCGUCGGUCGUCGAUAUUUGAGUGCGCGGCGCAGGCUGAGCAGUGGCAGUGCCGAGCCACUGCGCCGCGAAUCUAAAAUUAUCGGUCGGUCCGAGGGUGGGAGAAAAGGCUAGGUAUACCCACGCGGAGGGAGAAGGGAUCUCAGAGGUCCCGUAGUGGGGAGCUGUAGAGAAGAAGACCUGCCGGCGAGGGGGAGCGAAAGAGGAGAAUGAAGACACGCGUAUAGACGAGAGCACGUAAUCAAGGAAACGUUGUACACGUAAAUGACAAGCAAAGAACGUAGCCAUGGGAAGUAGCGAUUCGAUGGCACCUCUCCUGUCUUUCGAGCAUGAGCAGCAAAGGGUGCCAGCGAAUAAAGGGGUAGUUGAAAAUCAGGGAAAACGAACAGGGGAGAUAAAAGAAAGUAGGAGCGGGAGGAAGGGGUGGGUGGACGAGGGUAGAGGUGGAAGCCGCGGUGCGAACGCAUAGGUAAGCAAAGGAGUGGGGGUAUAGCCGGUGGUGGGUGUUGGCGGGGUGCUGGCGGGGGUGGGGAACGGUGGUGGCCGAGGCCAGAGAGUCGUCGUCGGUGGUCGUCGGCGAGGCACGGGCUACCGCGAGGAGUUACGCUAUCUACCACCCAUCGCGCGAGUCGCGUUCGACGCGACACGUCGAACCGUUUCGACAGGCAGUUCGCGUAAACGAACGAAUUAUUCUCUUCCCUCUUUUGUUCUCUCUUUCUUUAUUUCGUCUCCGUUUUACCGGGAGCGGUACAGCGCCUCCUCUCUCUGUCGGGUGCGCUCGGUCGACUCUUUCGUUCGACUCCAGCUAGCCCCAGGGUCGGCCGUGUGCGCGCGUGCAUCUUCCGAGCGAACGUGACAGUCGAGGAAAAGCCGAAGAGUGGCGCGGAAGUGUCCGAAUCGCAAACAGACCUGCGAAGGUUGUUUCUCGCGUUGAGCGUUCUUGUUGUCGUUUCUCGGUCUUUUAUUUUAUCCGUUGAGUAGAGGAGCACGCGAUGGCGGACGAUCAGGAGGCAAACAACACGUGCGAGGACUCCCUUGGGCCCGGAGAUGCGACCACCGCUUUCGCAAAGAAGAUAAGGGGACGGAAGGGAGCCCUCAAAAAGAAGAAUGUCUACGUAGUCAAGAACCAUAGCUUCAUGCCGCGGUUCUUCAAGCAGCCGACGUUCUGUAGCCACUGCAAGGAUUUCAUAUGGGGCUUCGGAAAACAAGGAUACCAAUGCCAAGUUUGUAGCUUCGUGGUUCACAAGCGAUGUCACGAAUACGUGACCUUCACUUGCCCUGGAGCUGACAAAGGAGCCGACUCGGAUGACACCCGGACGAAACAUCACUUCAAGCAAAACACCUACAACAGCCCUACGUUCUGUGAUCACUGCGGUAGUCUUCUCUAUGGUGUCAUCCACCAGGGCAUGAAGUGCCAAGCAUGCGACAUGAACGUACACAAACGAUGCGAGGAGAGCGUCCCGAAUCUAUGCGGCUGCGACCACACGGAGAGACGUGGUCGAAUAGAAUUGCACAUCUCCUGUUCCGGAAGCAAGCUCACCGUCGAAGUGAAGCAGGGGCGAAACCUCAUUCCGAUGGAUCCGAACGGCUUGUCGGAUCCCUACGUCAAGCUGAAGUUAAUCCCGGAUUCGGACAACGUGAAGAAGAAAACAAAGACAAUCAAGUCCUCCUUAAACCCAGAAUGGAACGAGACAAUCAUUUUCGACCUGAAAGCAGAAGACAAAGACAGACGACUCCUGAUCGAAGUUUGGGAUUGGGAUCGAACGUCCAGGAACGACUUCAUGGGCUCCCUGUCCUUCGGGAUCUCGGAGCUGAUGAAAGCACCAGCCAGUGGAUGGUUCAAACUCCUCACUCAAGAGGAAGGAGAUUUUUACAAUGUACCUGUGCCGGAGGAAGGAGUGGACCUCGCGGAGCUGAAGGUCAAGAUGCGAAAAACCUCGGUCACGAAAAAGACCACGACCGCCCAGGACAAGGAGGUGCCUCACAACAUGGGCAAGAGCGAUUUGAUCAGGGCGAGCGACUUCAACUUCCUCAUGGUGCUUGGCAAGGGCAGCUUUGGCAAAGUGAUGUUAGCGGAAAGAAAAGGUACCGACGAGCUGUACGCCAUAAAAAUCUUGAAGAAGGACAUUAUCAUUCAGGACGACGACGUGGAGUGCACCAUGGUCGAAAAACGCGUUUUGGCGUUAUCAAGUAAGCCACCGUUUUUGGUGCAGUUACACUCCUGUUUCCAAACUAUGGACCGACUGUAUUUCGUGAUGGAGUACGUCAAUGGAGGAGACUUGAUGUACCAGAUACAACAGUGCGGAAAGUUCAAAGAGCCAGUGGCAGUAUUCUACGCGUCAGAAAUAGCAAUUGGUCUGUUCUAUCUUCACGGCCGUGGCAUCGUGUACCGAGAUCUAAAGCUGGACAACGUCUUGCUGGAUCACGACGGUCACAUCAAGAUCGCCGAUUUUGGAAUGUGCAAAGAGGGUAUCACUGGCGAUAAGACCACUAAGACCUUCUGCGGGACACCAGACUACAUUGCUCCAGAAAUCAUUCUGUAUCAACCAUACGGAAAGUCGGUCGAUUGGUGGGCAUACGGCGUUCUACUGUACGAAAUGCUCGUUGGUCAGCCUCCUUUCGAUGGAGAGGACGAAGAAGAGUUAUUCGUCGCCAUUACGGAUCAUAACGUCAGCUAUCCGAAGAGUCUUUCAAAAGAGGCCAGGGAAAUCUGCAAAGCGUUCCUCACAAAGAAUCCAGUGAAGAGAUUGGGCUGCGGGCUGCGGGGCGAGGAAGAUGUACGCAGUCACGCGUUCUUCCGACGCAUCGAUUGGGAGAAGAUAGAGAAUCGCGAGGUGCAACCACCGUUCAAACCGAAGAUCAAACAUCGCAAGGACGUGAGUAACUUCGAUAAACAGUUCACAUCGGAGAAGACAGAUUUGACACCCACGGACAAGUUGUUCAUGAUGAACCUGGACCAGACAGAGUUCAUGGGUUUCUCGUUUCUCAAUCCAGAGUUCGUGCAACACGUUUAAACGGAUAGAGUUUUUUCUCGUUAGUUGUAACCUCGCCAUACGUUUCCCCCCGCCAUUUCCUGGGGUUCAUCUUCCUCUUUGCUACUCAGGGCUUUCACCGUCAUCUUCUUCCUUCCUCCUUCCCCCGUCCCCCGUCCACCGCCCCCACGAUUCUAUCCAAACUGUAAACACUCUCUUUUCGUUGUUUUUCCGCUUCGUAUGCCUUGGGUUUCGGUUUGCUUGAGUCUCGGUUCCAGGAAUCGUCACGGGUACAGGCACAUCCGAACGACCCCUCGUUGUUUUCUUUUUACUUCUCACCUUAUCAAAAAGUCUACACGCGACUUCUCGAGCGUAUUUUUACCAAAGAAUAAGGUGUGUUCGCGUGCACGUUGGUAGCGUCGCGCUAGAAUAGGUGUUGAAACAUGACGUUGAUCGGGGUCGAACGGAUUCGUCGAACGAAUCCGAUAAGCGUGGCAAGGUUAAGUCGAGGAAAGGACGAGAAUAAAACUUGCAAAUGAUCGCGUUGGGAAAUCGUGCUUGCCCCACGAUUGAAAGAAACCGCGAAAAUUUCCUAACUGCUGUCCUCGUUCUUCGCGUACAUUAUUAUGCAUUUACUUCAGUAAGUUCUACUGUCGCCUUCCAGAGUAUAUAUAUAUAUAUACAUAUACAUAUAAUGUACAGAGUAAUUGUGGAAACUGGGACAGGCUGUAGCUUCUUUCUACGCGAAAAUCGUUAAAAGUUUGAUGGAGAAGAUAGACGCGAGAAGGUAAAUAAAAUCUUAUCUUCUUUUUUUUCUUUUUCUUUUUGUAUCGGAUGUAAGUCGUUCGAGAUGGGUGUAUUAUAAUUUAGCUUAUUUAGAACAAGUGCAAUUACACGUGGUUGAGAGAAGUGCACGACCUUUCAAUUGAUUUAUUUACAAUCUUCAGAUUUAAUAUACUUUGUGAAGUAUAAUAAUUAUUUAGAUAUGGGAAAAGACAAAAAAACAUAAAAUGAAGAAAGGUGCGAGGAAGUUAUUUUCAAAUGGGCUGUAUAUACGCCAAAAUUUUAGAGAAACAUUAGUAAUGAAGUGUUGCUAGUUCGGAUAAUUGAACAAGUUUAUAAGGGAAAAACAAGAAACGUAAAGGAAGGUAUUAUUUCAUGUUAUAGUGAAUCCAAUUUGACAAAAAUGACUGCGUAAAAAGUUUUAUAAGGGCAAAAAACUGAAAAGUUACGUACAAAAUUAAAAGAUAUACGUAUAAAGCUAGGAUUUUUAAUGAAUGGACACAGUUGAAGAAGGUGUGGAUGAUUCUGAAUAGCUAACAUAUUGAAUGACACAAGACACGGCAGAGGAAAUGCAAAAAUUGAGCACAAGUUAAUCGUUAGAAGAACCAAAAAAAAGGGAUAAACAAUAUGAAAAUGUGUGGUAUCAUUUGAAAGACUACAAGUCCUCUACGAGUGAACAGAACCACUGACAUUUUUUUUUAGAAAUCAAUUCUUCUUGUUAUUCUACAUAUAAAAGUAUUCAAAUAUGACUAUUGAGAAUGUAAUUUUGCGAGAUAUUUCAUAUUUUAUGAUUUGAAUAUUUCUAAUUUGUUAAAUUUUUCAGUACAUUUUUAAAUCGAAUAGCAGUUUUAAAUGAAUAAUUAUUUUGAAUUUUCUCUUCUAGAUUAGAUUUCAGAUACCUUACGAAAACGUCUUUGUAGCGGUUACAUCCAAUCAGAAUAUUCAAUACAACGUGUCUCUACGGCAUCCAUCCACGCUCACUGUAUCUCACAAAUGUACCGGUACAUAUCAAUUUUCUACUUAUCAGCAUUUAUUGUACGUUUCAAACUGGUCCAAUCCAUUAUUAACAAACAAAAUCGACGACGAUUCGAAACGUGUUUACGACGUGGUUUACGGUUCGACUAUAGUCACGCUCAGGUACUACGUAAUCCAGCAUAAUAACUACAUAUUUCAACAUUCAGAUGGCGUGCUUGAAUGCAGACAUAAAUUACGAAACAUUUCGUAUUCCGUUUUCGGCGAUCAUAUUUCAACGAGAAUAAUUGAUUUACGUGAAGACAAUAUCAGUGUUUCGUUUACUAUUUUAUUUAAACUGUGGUAGGAGAAGAUAAUUUUCGAGGUUGUGCUUAUAACAUAUAUUUGUACCUCAUCUUCGUACCGGACGUAUGUAUGAAAUUCUAUUGACUUUUAUGUUUUAAUUAGGCGGGAUAGCUACCAUUUAUUUAUUUGAAUUAUUGACGCAGGCAAGAUUGAAUAAACGAAAGGUAAAGGUUGUCGAAAGGUAAAAUUUUGUAAAAUGAAUGCAUGCUUUAUGCAUGUUGCCAUCAUUUAGGUAUUAAGAGAGACAAAAUAUAUAGCCCUACGCGAGGCACAUCUUGGGUGCUGCUUCUAAACUUAACCUUAAAUCUUGAUACAAUAAAGACGUAUUAUUACCAUUAGUACUAAUACUUCUACUGUUAUUAUUAUUAUUAUUAUUAUUAUUAUUAUUAUUAUUAUUAUAGUCUUUAUUAGAGAAUUCAACUGUGUCCUGUAUCAAUUUUUUGUACCUUCACCUAGAAUAGAGUCACAGCCUGUUCCACUUUCCACGAUUAGUUGGUACAUUGAAUAAACGAAUGAAUAUAUAUAUACAUAUAUAUCAUUAUACAUAUACGUAUACAAGGUGUCCUGUAUAAAAUGUUACAAGCUAUUUUCUCAGCAACUGCUGAAGAUAUCGCCAUAAUUUUUUCUUUAUAAUUACAUGAUACAGGGGUGCUCAAUCUUCUAGUGUGUAAUAAAUUUUUAUGAAUUUUUUGUUACUUGGAUAGGUCUUAUAAAACUGAAACACAUUUCUUUAAACCGUUCUAUUUCUAAUAUACUACGUUGGUUUAUAUGAAGAUAGCUUGUAACGCUUUAUAGCGAGCAGCCUGUACAUUGUACGUAUACAGACACUUACACCACUACGAUCUAUUACACGAUACACAGAAAUUUCUAUCGGUAUUUCGUUAACGUUGCACUCCUCGUCGGUUUAUUCUUCGUAAGUAGUGAAAAUACGUACGUAGAAACGAGCCUUUAGGUGCUCAGCUCUCAUGACGGGUUGAAAUUUUAUUAGCGAUUCGAACGUUCGAUUCGUGCGUCGUACAUAUAAUAUACGUUUACGCUGGUUACUCGCGUACAGUACUGGGUGCAUACGUGCACACACACACGCGCGCGCGCGCGCGCUAGGAAACUUAUGAAACACGACUACGUUUGUUCUCUGAAAUUAAUUGGUUGUCGAAGCACGGAGCCACCGUAGCAUCUUGUCUCGAAUUUGAUUUCGUUGCUUCUCGUGGCACGUAUUCGAUACAAUUUUUACGUCGGUAAUGGAGUUACACGACUGUAAGUAUAAUUUGCGAGGCGAGGAUACGUCGAGUCGUUGAUGGAUGUUACGGACAGACCUGGGUAUAUUUUCAUUGAAAUGACUAUUGGAGAUAACCGUUUGAAAAAAAGGUCUACCUAUCGUUUUGAAGAACAAUUUCACAAUUAUUUCAAACAGUUAUUUCAAAUGAUUAUGAAAAAGAAAAUAACGUAUUAUUCGAUAUAAUAUUUCAAAUAGUGUUAUUUUAAAAGCGAUCAAAGAUAUGAAAAUAAUUAUGAACCUGAAAUAAUGUGUUAUUUGAACUAAUACUUCGAGUAAUGUUAUUUCAUAAGUGCCCAGGUCUAGUUACGGAUAAUUGGUGCUGACAAAUGAUUAACGUGCGCUUAGCCGUCGCGAAGAUAAUAACGAAUUACGCCCGUUUGUUUGUCCGUUGAAUCGGACGUUGUCUUUUCUAGUUUCUAUUACGCGUUAGCUCUCGUUCGCUUCCCCUGUUAUUGUGUUAUUUUUCCAAUUCGACUUGCGAUGGGAUCGAGACGUAUUUCGACCGACCGAAUAUCAUUGAAUAUUAUUGCUUUAAAUUGAUAUUCAUUUUGUAUAUAUUGCGUUCAAAUAACAUUUUAUUAACCCUUUGCCGUCUAGAUUUUCUGAUUAGCGUAAAAAGGGCAAACGUGAUAAAAUAAUUUUUUCGCGAGGAAAUAUUUUUUCUUUAAAGUUACGAAGUUAAUGCUUUUUGACUGGAGUCGAGAAGUAUUUUAACCCGUUGAGUGCCAAAUUAUUGUUCUUUCAAAGUUGACGUUUAUUUUUUUUUUAUAUGUUGUAUUCGAAAAUAGUUUAUUAAGCGGGAAAAAAUAAUCGUUUCACGAAAGAAAUAUUUGUUCUCUAACGUUACGAAGUUAAUACCCAUUGACUGAGAUUUAGAUAUAUUUUAACCCAUCGAGUGCCAAAUUGUUUUAACAAAAUUUACAUUUACGUCCUAUACGUUGUAUUCGAGAAUACUUUAUUAAAUAGAAAACAUAAUUAUUUGUACAGUCGCGAAAUGUCUUGUAAACGUUCUGCAAAGGACAUGGGCGUCUAGAAUUAUAGUUGUACAGCACAGAGUGUGAAAUAAUGAAUAACGGUACUGUAGACUUUUAUAAACAUCGUUUUAGCGAAAAAUUAGUUAUUAAUUAUAAAAUUAAUCACUGUGUCGAUCCCAUCACUAGUCUCGACCCGAUCCAGACGAGUAUGACCCUAAAAAAAAAUGAAUUGUGCAUCCACGUUCGAAAUAAUUCACCGUGUCUUCUUCGUUGUCCCCCUUCGCUUGCGUAUCUUCGCGUUUUCCGUUGAUUCGAAACCGUGGAAGGGCCUCGGUGUUUCCUAAAUGCUCUUCUCGUGCCUGAAAUCCUUGCUCUAGUGAUAUAAGCCUUUUUAUUGGGCCCGUUUCGACUCGGCUCAUCGAGGACGAGAACGACCCAGAGGAAAAUAUCGAGUGGAAGAAUACGAAGAAUUGAAAACACAGAUGGACAAAAUUCGGAUAUAAAUCUCGUGUAACGAAUAAAAGAUGCAAAAGGAACCUUUUAGUCGUUACUCGUCGAGUGAAAAUUAAUGUUUCAAUUACGGAGUAAAAACGAUCGAGUAAAUGGUGGAAAUGAAUCCGUCGCGAGUCGUUUUUAUUCGUCGUCUAUUAUUCGGAAUAAUAUUUUGCCCAUUUGUGGCGAAAGGAAACUUUGAGCUCGAUCUCCGCGAACUGUUCUCCUUCUCGAAUUUUUCUCUUUUUCGGUCGGCUUGCCCGCCGACGCUCGAUAGUAGGAUUAAUUAUUGAUUCUCGAUUAAUACGCGUUAUUGUCGUAGAGGUAGUUGACCAGCCCGUCGACUUAAGACGGACGUAUCCUUUUUUAUACACUUUGUGUCAGAGACUCGUCGAGCGAUGUUCGGUGGUCCGUUCAACGGGUGAGGAAUAUGUGAAAAUCGAGAAACGUUGAUUGAUCGAUAGCGAUAGGAUUAACGGUGUAUCGCGUAUCGAUGAUGUUCGAGCAACUCGACAUCGAAGUACUUAACUACGAAGUAUCGAAGUUCCAUGUACUUGGUGUCUAUCCUUGAUAACAGUACUCUCGUGAAUGUGUCAAUAACGAGACGGAACAUUUAAUCGGAUAUGAAACGAACGGUAAAAGAGAAACUGUAAUUGUCAAUAAUUACAAGUUCUUAGAUAGGACCGAUUACAGUAUUAUCAAGUUGUCACGUGCUCGAAAUUAAAGUGUGCUAACUUGGAAGGCAAAAGUAGAUGAAAUUUGAUUCUCAGUUAGAUUCGACUUUAUACAAAGUAUUAUCAUUUACGUUGACAGAGACUCGUGAAUGAAUGGUGACAAUCCGUAGGACAAGUCGACGAAAUUUAGAUGUGAACGUGGAAUUCUCGUUUCAAUAUAUUUAGAAUAAUUAUUAAUGUCUACGCUCCAUUUGUAGAACAUUGACAUCGAUCCAUAAUUUCACUGAGAACGUACCGUUAUCAAAAAUGGACACCUAGCCCACGUGUGGUUUUGUAACUGUUACCUGCGGAUACCUUUGCGCAAGUAUCGCCAAGAUUCGAUGUAAAAAAAAAAAAACAGAAAAAAAAAAGAACUUUGCUCUCUGGUAUCAAGAGUAUUGAUUAGGUAUUAGUCCCGUCGCUACCGAGUGGUUUCUAGUGGAAACUCGAAGAUUCCUAAGAACCGACAAGUUUGGAAUACGUUGGCAACGUUGGCGACGCUCGCUCGUCGAGGUUACUUUAGAAAAUGAAAUAAUCACAAAAGAGACUCGUACAUUUUUCCUUGACUCGGUCUUCGAUUCGUAUCUUUGAGUCGAUCUAUGAUUCUCCGGUUUAUCGAUUUAUUCGUUGCCGCGUAGCGAAUGGCGUUUAGCUUAAGACUAGUGUAAAAGACCACGGUAACGCGGAUCGUGGAUUUAGCGCUUCGGUAACUGAAAACGAGUCAAGAAGAUAGGUAAUUUCGUUGCCGAUUUCCGUGCUAGAAUAUACGAAGAGUAGCACCAUUGCAAUCGUUAGAGCGUUUAUAUUAUACAUACGGUAAUCGAUGGAUAACUGAAACGAAGUUAUCUACGGCACUUCUCUUUUAAUUUGUUACGAUUAGACUACGAAUUAUAUGCAUUUAUGACGUAGGAUAAUACAGAAAACACACGUAAAAUAUACAUAAUGUUGAAUAUAUUCUACAAUAACUCAUAUAAUUCAAUACUCGUUAUAAUUCUAUUAUAAUAAUAUUGUUAUUUUUAUCUUGCGUCUGUGGGCAUACCUUUUGGUUAUGUUUACCAUGUACGUAUUAUUUUAAUUUAUAUCAUAAAUGCAUAAAAUUUAAUUGUCACGAAGAUAUAUUAAAAUUUUAAUUUUGAUUAACGAAUAAUUCGUUCCAGUUACAUCGCUCGUAAUCCAAUUUCGUUUCAGACGUCCAACGAUUACCAUAUUCCCCUUCUCCUCUCGACCACAUCCCCGAAUCCCUACCCCGACUGUCCAGCGAUGGAAAGAUUACGAGUUCGCGAGUUUCGGAACAAAUCGAAUAUAUUAAUUGCGUCUUAUUAAGCGUGUUCCAAUAAAUAAGUAUGUAUAUCGUAACGUAGUUCUCGCCCCCUUAUUCAGCGGGUGAUCCAAUCUUGUUCUUCGAUCGGGCGAGCUUACGUAGUCUCGGCGGUGUUCUCGUCUUACCUGAUUUAAUCGUUCGAGUCGGUUCACGUCGAAUCCAGAAUUCCGACCGUUCAACGACAGAGAUGAACAACGCGAUCAUCUUGCACGUGUAAACAUUUUCCAACGACGAGAACGAACGAUAAACAGAUCCGUUUAUCCGUUUACUCGUCGAAUGUAAAUUACAGUUGGAGUGAAAAUGUUCUACGAUAAAAAGAUAAUUCCAUUUUUCUAAUCGAAUAAACGUCACGAAUAAAUUGGCGCACGUUGGUUUCAUUCGUUAUCCGUUAUUCGAAUAAAGUGUAGCCCCAUCUCUGUUCAAUGGUGAUUCAUCGCAGGCUGGAAGGGGUAAUGGACAGAGAAAUUUCCAUUCUGGAUUCAAUUCGCGACGCGUCCAGGGUAAUUGGUCUCGGAACAUUUACAUUCCAGAGAUAGUUCGAGCGGUGAUCGAGCAAUUUCGUUUAGGUACUAAAUAUUCGACCGCGAGACUGCGUGACCUCUGCUCGAGAUCUAUUUUUGUACCAAAAACAUGACGGAAAAUGAACAAAAAAAAAAGAAAAGAAAAGAAAAGAAAAGAAAAGAAAAGCAAAUGAAAAUAACAUAACAGUCGAAAAGGGGGAUCCGCCGUGACCGCGACGGGGGAUUCCCUUAACUUCCUACUCGUUCGAGUGGACGGUACUUUCUUCCGUCACCAUGCCGUGGCGUCUUUCAUAGCGGUCUUUUAGCCUCUACAUGAUUCAAAACACGUUGUAAAAAGUCACUGAUAAGGAUUAGUCGAUAAGCCGACAUCAACAUCGGAAGAACGAUCGAUUCUCGAGAAACGCAGCUACCGGCUAGCGAAACGAUUACAGCUGUUCGAUGGAAACGAGGUUUAGUGGAAUCAGGACCGUGGCUAGGUAGAUUCGCGUUCACUAUGCUAAUGGAAUACGUAACAUGCGUCCUUCCCCGGCUAGUUUUACAUUAAGUACACGUAUGUAUGGUUAGUGUUAUGUACGGUUGUUAAAAAAAGAAUAUUGAUCGUUGAAUUCUUUGAAUUCUUUGAGAAAAAGAACUAAAGUAAAUAAAAUCGUUUUCACGAUAAUUGGUAAUCGUGGAAAUAGUAAUCAAAGAAUGAGAGAAUAGAAAAUGAUGUAACUUUUACAGUUUUGAGUUUAUGGGAGGUGAACUGGAUUUUUUAGUAUUUAUUAUUAAGAUAAAAAUUUAGGAAAAAAAUACUUUUGUAUAAUCAGUUAAUGGAAACAGUAUUGCGUUACAGAAUAGUAUUUAAAGGAAAUAUUAUAUUGAAGGAAUAUUGUUUUAGAAAAUAAUAUUUAAGAGAGUAUUCUUUUACAAAUUAACGUUUAGAAAUUCAGUACUUUUUAGGAAUAAUAGGAGAUGUGUUAUGGGAGUUAAUUUAAUUUUAAGGACGCUUGUCGACGUUCUUUUAAUAUUGCGCCAAGGGACACGUGUCCCUUUUUCAACUGCCUUGUCACGGUCUUAAGCGAAAAAACAACCGGCGAUACGAGAAUUCUCUAAUCGAGAGAUCAUGGAAUGUGUCAAAUCAAGUGACAGUGUUUUUACAACAAUCGCGCCAAUUUUAUUCUUCACACUUUACCGUCCGCACAAUUCGCGUAAAAAUGAAUUAUAUUUAAAAUGUAUUUUAUCUAUAGUCUACUAAUUGUUUCUUAGAGAAUAAUUGUUACUGCAGUAAUGCUCGAUUACAUGAGAAAAUUUCAAAUCCUUAUCACUGUUUGUUUCUUCUAGAAUUAAUUUGCAACCAAUCCCGAUUAAUUAAGAAUCUCCGAUUCCGAUUUUUUUUUAUUUAAUCGAGCACUGUAUUCAGUUAAUUACGAUAGAAAUAUUACUCCGUUAUUGUUGAACACGACAGUAAUAUUAAUAUUUACUACGAUAAAUCGUUAUAAUUUUAUUAAUUAUAUUAAUAACUACAUUAUAAUACGAAUAUUUUGUUUACGCAAUACCGGGGAUAUUAUGCCGAAAUAUUCUUAUUUGUUAUUGAUGAUAUUUAUUAUACGUAUUAUAUUCUUUGUUAGCAUAUGGACGUGUGAAGUUUUCCAAGAUACUUUUGUGAACAUUACAAUUGUUAAAACGUGAAAACUUUCUUCUUUCAAAUAAGUUCACCGAAAAAGAUUAAUAGUUUAGAUACCAAGAUGGAGUUUCAUUCUAUUUUUUUUUU